ACUGAGAUAUAGAAAUGGAGAAAAUGACUAAACACAUUAUCCGAAUCGAGAGCAAACAGAGAGUAACACACUAACAGAGUGGAAUCCAUGUGGUUGCUGCCUCAACCUUCCACAACGCUCUCUCAGCUCACUGUCUCUGCUCGCGCUCUUCGUUUCACACCCUCUGCCUCCGUCACUUCUCCACCUCAUGUAGCCCCUCCCAAGAAGGUUCUUCUGCCCAUCGGCUUCGGCACCGAAGAAAUGGAAGCCGUUAUCUUGAUUCACGUCCUGCGCCGCGCCGGUGCUCACGUCACUGUUGCUUCCGUCGAGCCGCAGCUCCAAGUUGAAGCCGCUGGAGGUACCAAAUUGGUAGCCGAUACCUCCAUAUCCACUUGUACCGAUCAAAUUUUUGAUCUCAUCGCUUUACCAGGAGGAAUGCCUGGGUCCGCUAGAUUAAGGGAUUGCGAUGUUCUGCGAAAAAUAACAUGCAAACAAGCUGAGGAAAACAGGCUCUACGGUGCUAUUUGUGCUGCUCCCGCCGUCACGCUGUUGCCGUGGGGUCUUUUGAAGAAAAAGAAGAUAACUUGUCACCCUGCAUUCUUCGACAAGCUUCCUACCUUUUGGGCCGUUAAAUCAAAUAUUCAGGUUUCCAGAGGGCUCACAACCAGCCGUGGGCCUGGAACUACUUACCAGUUUGCUUUAUCGUUGGCUGAGCAGCUAUUUGGGGAGUCUGUUGCCAAGGAGGUCGCAGAAUUGUUGUUGAUGAGAGCCAAUGACAAUAAUGCAGCCAAGGAGGAGUUCAAUGAAGUUGAAUGGUCUGUUGGCCAUCACACCCCUAGUGUCCUCAUACCAAUUGCACAUGGUUCUGAAGAGAUUGAAGUAGUGACCGUGGUAGAUAUUUUAAGGCGAGCAAAAGCCAAUGUCAUAGUUGCUUCCGUUGAAAAAACUCUUGAAGUUUCGGGUUCUCAAGGAACCAAAAUAGUUGCUGAUAUAUUAAUUAGUAAUGCUCAAGAGUCAACACAUGAUUUGAUCAUUCUUCCAGGAGGAACUACUGGUGCUCAAAGACUAAGCAAAUCUAAAAUUCUGAAGAAGCUUCUUAAAGAACAAAAUUCAGCUGGAAGAAUAUAUGGGGCGCUCUGGUCUUCACUUGCUAUUCUACAUAAACAAGGUUUACUAAAGGACAAGAGGGCCACAGCCCAUCCCUCUACCGUAGACAAGAUUAAAGAUGAAGCAAUAAACGGUGCUAAAGUAGUUAUUGAUGGCAACCUGAUCACUAGUGAGGGACUUGCCACUGUAACAAAUUUUGCAUUGGCUAUUGUAAGCAAGCUAUUUGGUAAUGGAAGAGCAAGAAGUGUAGCAGAAGGCCUUGUUUUUGAGUAUCCUAAGGAUUAGAAUGCAUGGUUUGAAGUACAUGUAAGUGGGAGGCAAAAUUAUAGUUAGACUAACAGAGGAGGAGUUUAUCAGUCUUUUUCAAGCCCAAGCCUUGCCAACAACUCCAUAUUAUCAUAAGAAUUAUCAUGUCUCCUAUCACUUGACGAAACAAGGAAAAGUUGCAACUUUUGUGGGCAAAUCCUUGAUCAACUUGUGCACAUCCAUGUUGUCUCGGCAAAAUCUACCAGCUAAACCCAUGCUUGGUUUGUUCGGUAUCAAUUCAUGCCCCCUUUUGCAUACAUGGAUGGUAGCGAUCAUCAUCUUCAAGUUUCAUUUCAAGAGGGGAUGUUGACCUGGGAAUGCCAUUGCCAUUGACUUAGACGGGAACUUGUUGGUUUUCGUCAUGUGUAUCGAAUAGUGAACAUGUUGUAGUUAACGACAGAUUGAACUUUCUAACGUAGAAUUUAAACCUAAUAGGUAAUUCAUUAUGAAAAUGCCCAAAACGCAAUGUCAUCAACAAAUUAUCAAUUAGUAUCACAAAACUCAAGCAAGAAAAGUUUUCAUGGGGAGUUUUAUGGGAACAGGUGGUUCGGAGUCAUCUAUACCUCGGCAGUAAAUCUUCAAAUUUUAUACUCUUGUCAAUCAAGGGGUAGCAGCCUUGGCAUGUAACCUUACUUUUUAUGGCUGUUUCAUACUGAACCAAUUGCGACGUAUAGCACAUAAAAAGAUUAAGCUCAAGCUGUUCUCAAAAUCAGAAUAUUUGUAUUAUUUUUAAAUUUUAGUAUUGAUUUAACAGUUUCAUUAACAUGAAAAAGAUAAUUUUUUAG